AAAAUUAGCUUGAUUGGUCACCGGAAGCGCGUUCUGGCAUCUUUGGGAGACAGGCUUCACGAAGACCCUCCUCAGAAACCACCUCGGUCAAUAACCCUCAGGGAACCCAGCGGUAACCACACUCCUCCUCAGUUGUCUCCAUCACUCAGCCAAAGCACUUUCACUACUGGUGGCUCCCUGGACGUUCCCCACAUUAUCAUGCAGGGCGAUGCAAGGAGAAGACGAAAUGAAAACUAUUUUGAUGACAUUCCCCGGUCAAAGCUGGAGAGGCAGAUGGCACAGUCUUCUGUCUGUGAGAUCUGGACCAACCAGAAUGCAGGAUAUCCUUUCUCAUCGAUUCAUCAGGUUCAUAAUACAGGAGACUGGGGAGAGCCUUCAAUUACCUUGCGACCUCCAAAUGAAGCCACAGCAUCAACACCUGUACAAUAUUGGCAACAUCAUCCAGAGAAACUCAUCUUCCAGUCAUGUGAUUACAAAGCAUUUUAUUUAGGUUCUAUGCUGGUAAAAGAGUUAAGAGGCACGGAGUCGACACAAGAUGCAUGUGCAAAGAUGAGGAAGUCUACAGAACAAAUGAAGAAAGUACCAACCAUUGUCCUGUCUGUCUCUUACAAGGGAGUCAAAUUUAUUGAUGCAACAAAUAAGAAUAUUAUUGCUGAACAUGAAAUCCGUAACAUUUCCUGUGCUGCACAAGACCCUGAAGACCUUUCUACAUUUGCGUACAUCACUAAAGACUUGAAGACUAAUCACCACUACUGCCAUGUAUUCACUGCAUUUGAUGUGAAUUUAGCUUACGAAAUCAUCCUUACACUAGGACAAGCAUUUGAGGUGGCCUAUCAGCUUGCACUACAAGCACGGAAAGGGGGCCAUUCUUCAACCCUCCCAGAAAGCUUUGAAAAUAAACCCUCCAAACCUAUUCCCAAACCACGUGUUAGUAUUCGGAAGUCAGUGCAGAUAGACCCGUCUGAACAAAAGACUCUUGCGAAUCUACCGUGGAUUGUUGAACCUGGACAAGAAGCCAAAAGAGGCAUUAAUACCAAGUAUGAAACUACAAUUUUCUGAUACAAAAACUGUCCCCCCCCAUUCCUUGUUGUGCCUUGCACGCCAAGCAGUCACAGCACAGCCUUUCCUUUAUGGCAACAUUUCAACCCAGCAGAGAGGAAGACUGCACUGUAUGAGUGGCCUUGUAACUAACAAAAAAAAGGCUGACAGUCAUUUCUGGUGAUGUUCUUCUUCCUGCAGCACUGACAGAAGAAUGACACUAUAUGAAGACUUUUAAAAUUACAGUCCACAAGAGGAGUGAGAAACCUUAUUUUUCACGCAGUUCUCCCUUGUGACUCUGCCACAGUGCUUUCUUUGAUUUCUUAUUUUAGAAUUCUACUUUUUAAAAAAGGAAAAACAAAAACAAAAGGUCUCUAAACUAAUACUGAUGCUGCCUACAAGUAGAAUAUUUGAUUGGUUUUUUUAUUUAAAUCUUGGCAGUUUUUAAUUGAAAUAGAAUCAGAAUUAAUAAAUAGAGUAUUUGUGAAACCGCUGAAUUCCUUAAUAAUUACUGUGUUGAAUAAAGAACUCCUUAAAGUGACAAGAAAUUAGGCACCCUGAUUUCUGUGUGCGCUGGUUUUAUAUGUAAUCAUUGAUGUCCUUUGAUCCUCUACAGAAACAGGAACCUCUUGCAUUGUUACAAAGGAUCAGAGUUUUAUGAAUGGUUAGUAAAAGGUAUUAAUGCACAGAAAACAUUUAUUAGAUAUUUUUAUGGAAGAGAAGUACUAUAGGAAAACAUAUGAAUAUUUAUGGAAGGAAGCCAGAUAAACUAUGACAAAUACUGUUUAUUUUAAGGUUAAGUCAACCACUGCUAUUGCAGCAUUAUGAAAUUUAUAAGAGUUGUAGCAUCAGUGCACUGAUGUUCCAUGUGAUCAGUCUGGAAUGAAAGUGGAAUGGUCGUUCUACUGCACCUACAUAUAGUUUAUGCAGUUCAACAUCGCUAUAGCCAUGAAUUCUAUGAGUAUUUUUAGAAAAUAAUCUCAGUGGUUCUAAAAAAAGUCCAACCUAUGGAUUUUGUUAUCAAGAUUUCUGUCAC